CCGCCGCGGGUCAGGACUCGAUGUGGCUUCGCCGUAGGAGAGCCCCGUUGUCGCUGCCGAUGAUGCGAUCUCGUCACGACGCGAAUGACGCGGCCUAAGUGAUUCAUGAAUCAAAAUCGGAGCGAGAGCGCGCGUCGUCGUCGCCCGACAAUCGUCCGAUCGAUCGCGGCCGCGUCGCGACCCGCAAAGUGCCGAUCGAUCAACCGGAAGUAAACGACCUGCCGACGUAGCGGAGGCACGCUACGCUCACGUCUCUCCGGCGCGUUUUAGAGGUUUCUUUCAGAAACGCGAGAGUGCCAGUUUGACAGGAGUGCAUCUCGCACGUGCGAUCCUCGAUCCACGUCGCUCAGCAUCGUUGCCAUCUCUCUGUCUUCUUUUUUUCGAUUUUUCCGAUUUGCGAAAUUUUUCCUGGACUUUGAAACGGGCGCGAGAUUGUUCCGCGAGAUCGUACGCGCGUAACGCACGUGCUCGCGCGUCACCGCGGCGCCGGGGGUGGCUAGGGAAAAAAAAAUCGAAGCCCUCGAUCGGCCGCGCGCCGUGACCCGAGCGAGCACCGCGCUUCGGAUAUCCGGAGUGUGUCGCCGGUGUGUUCGAUUAACAGGCGACGCGCGUUAAGGUCAGGACUGCUGUUCGUCGCACUCGAUCGAUACGCGGUAUCAGUGGCAUAUCGCGAUUAAGCUCACCGCCCGCGACUUGGGGCGCACGCAGUUGGACGAGGCGUCGAUGUGUCGAGGAACACCGGAGUGGAGUCGAGCAACGGCGGAAAUCGUGAUCUGUGCCGCAGCAAAACGACAACGUCUGCUGGGCGACUCGUGAGCGCCAGUGUCUCAACGUUUGCGUGGCUUCGAUAGACGCAGAACUUUAAUUUACUGAAAGACAUCUCGACGAGCGACGCUACUCCGCUUUCGAACAGCCGAUCAAGCGAUCCAAGAUGAUUGAGUUCUCGGAGAUGAAUCGGUUUUACGGGUUUCUCAGUCUCUCUCCGCGCUUCUAGAUCCUCCUGAUAGUGCGCCGCGAUCGUGAGACACGGAUGCGUCCUGCAAACCCCGCGAAAGUGCCCCAAAAAUUCCUCGCAGCCCGGUUACCCUCGGACGGAACUCGUGUCGGAGUUCCGAGCAGAAUUUCCCGUGAUACGUCGAGAGCACUUUGCAAGUUCGGUCUUCGACUUCGGUCGCAGCCUGCGGAGCGGAUUUCACAUCAUUCCACGAGGGUUUACCGCGCGGGCGGACACAUUAGUGUGAUUCGCCGAGGUAGAGAGGCGCUUCCGUGGAAUCCGACGAGGAGGACCAUCUUGGAAAGGGGUCGCAACCCCCCAACGCUGCGUCGCCCUCCCACGGACAAUAAAACUAUAAUCGUUAGCCCGUAGCCUGUCAACGGAAGCUGCGCCGUUACGGAUCCGUUUAUCCAACAAAUCCAGCGAUCAUCCGCGCGUUCAAAAACCGUGCGUUCAAAAACCGUGCGAGCGAUCUCGCGCGGAUAACGAAUCUGUCUAGCAGAGAAUGCAUCGAUCGCGAACGGAAUGAAGCCGGGACGAUAAGCGCACAAGCGGCGGUGCGAUAAAAUUUCAGCGCUUCCCGUUUGAAGAAUUACGCUCGGGAUUACGUCCUGGCUGGAGGUAGAUUGUGCUCAAAUCAGUCUCGAGGUAGAACGAGUUCCGCAAACGGAAGCAAGCGGAGGAUCUUCCGGAGGAAGAUGGGAACGCCGAAUGGCGAUAACGCGCGUCGUCGUUAGAGUCCCGCGUACCGUAUUUGAAAGGCUCGAAAGACAAAUAACGGGCAUCCUAUUAAAUGACGACAAGUGAGCGAAAUAGGAGGAGAUAGAGGGUACGGACACGCGGCGUGUUGGUUCACGGCAGUCGACAAAGAGCGGACGAUGUGGACGGCGGAGCAGCAGCAGCAGCGAUGCAGCAGCAACAUCACCAGCAACAUCAUCAGCAGCAGCAACGGCAACAGCAACGACAACGGCAUCAACGGCAGCGAGAGCGGCAGCAGCAGCGUCGGGGGUUGCAAUUAGUGUCGGCUCGCAACGGCCGCGAGUCUACGUAACGACUGAAGGGGGCCGCCGGCCGUUAGGGGGUCGAGGGUGUGUGCAGUGCGCGUGAAAAGAGGACAAAAUGUGGUGGAGGUGGCGGUGGUGGAGUGUCGUGACGAAGGCGGCGACGACGACGACGACGACGGUGCUGGUCUUGGUAGCUGCUGCCGUCGCGGCGUACUCGCCGUCGGUGGAACUCGCCGAUCUGGACAAGCCAAUACCGAUCGUCGCCAUCGACGGUGUAGUCGGGAACAAGGUGGAACUCCCCUGCGACAUUCGCUCCGACGACAACGACGAGGUCAGCAUGGUGCUUUGGUACAAGGAGGGCGGGGGCGAGCCGAUUUACAGCUUCGACGUACGUGGUCGCCGGCAAUUCAACAACGCCCGUCUCUGGUCGUCGCCCUCGGCAUUGGGACCAAGAGCUUUUUUCGUCACGGCGACGAAUCCAGCUCACCUCACCAUCGAUCGGCUGGAGAGCACGGACGAGGGGAUCUAUCGGUGCAGGGUGGACUUCAGGAACUCGCCGACGCGGAAACAAAGGAUGAACUUAACCGUUAUAGUGCCUCCGUCGAAGCCGAUGAUAUUGGACGGCGCGACGAGGAACCUUUGGAGCAUCGAGGAGCGGUACAACGAGGGUAGCGACGUGAACCUGAUUUGCGAGGUACGGGGUGGCAGGCCGCCACCGAAGCUGACGUGGUAUCUCGACAACACCGUGAUAGACGAGUCCUAUCACUACAACGCCGAGACCGGGUUAACGGUGAACCACUUGGCGUACCCGAAAAUUGGCCGGCAGCAUCUCAAGGCGAGGCUGAUCUGUCAGGCGGGCAACACGAACCUGGUUCCGCCGCAGACCAGACUGCUCAUCCUCGACGUCAAGCUGAAGCCGCUGGUGGUUCAGAUCCUGACGAAGGAGACGCGGGUCUCGGCCGACAAAAAUUACGACGUCGAGUGCCGUACGAGCGGUUCACGGCCAGAAGCGGUGAUCACGUGGUGGAAGGCAAGCACGCCGAUCAAGAAGAUGUCCCAGACCUUUUCGCUGGAGAACAAUCAGAGCCUGAGCAUCCUCAGCUUCGUGCCAACCAUAGAGGACGACGGUAAAUAUUUGACGUGCCGCGCGGAAAAUCCCGACAUACCGGACAGCGCGCUGGAGGACAAGUGGCGACUUGACGUGCAGUACCAGCCGGUGGUGAGUUUAAGGAUGGGCGAGACGCUGAAUCCGAAGUACAUCAAGGAGGGCGACGACGUGUACUUUGAGUGCAUCGUAAAGGCGAACCCGAAGGUCUACAAACUCGCCUGGUUCAAAGACGGCAAAGAGCUGAAGAAUAAUUCCACGGCAGGUGUGGUCUUCAGCGAUCACUCCUUGGUCCUGCAGCGCGUGACCCGAUACUCCGCCGGCGACUAUACCUGCCUUGCGGCGAACAGCGAGGGGAAGACUGCCAGUAAUCCCGUAUUCCUUCAGAUAAUGUAUGCUCCGGUGUGCAAGGAAGGUAAGAGCGAGGUGGUGGUCGGCGCUUUGAAACAGGAGACCGUGUCGCUGGUGUGCUCGGUGGAGAGCCACCCCGCCGCGCUGACUUAUCAGUGGACAUUCAAUAAUUCCGGCGAGCUGGUGGAAAUGCCGCACUCGCGGCACUCCCACGCACCGGCACCGGGUACUCCGCCGGCCGCGGACAGCGGACUGAAAGAGUACCAGCAGUUUCACGGGUCCAAGCUCAACUACACGCCGGCUUCGGAAAUGGAUUACGGCACGGUGGCGUGCUGGGCGAGCAACCAGGUUGGCAAGCAACGAACACCCUGCCUCUUUCAGGUGAUAGCCGCGGGUCGCCCGUACACCCUUCACAAUUGCAGCGCCACGGAAAUGUCGGCGCCCCUGGACUUGGAAGAGCUUGGGAGCAAGUCGAGCACAGGGCUGAUGGUGCGAUGCUUGGAGGGCUACGACGGAGGUCUGCCGAUCUACAGUUAUCAGCUGGAGGUCGUGUCCGACGAGGACGACGGUUCGAUUCUGCUAAAUAAGACGGUGCCGGCUGGUCCCAACGGACCGACCUUUGAAGUCGCCGGGCUAACGGCGGGAAGAAGCUACCGACUUUUUCUGUACGCGGUUAACGCGAAGGGGAGGAGCGAGCCUGCCAUCCUCGAGCCGGUAACCCUGAAGGGUGUCGCCAUGUACACGACCGGCAACACCGACGCAUCGAUGCUGAAUCCGUUGUUGCUGGGCUUGGCAGCCAUGGCGACCCUUUUGGCCCUGGCCGUAGCUGGAGUCCUGGCAGCGCUCUACCGGAAGCACUCCACCGGCCGACCCGGAAGCCCAAAGCACGCUCCCAUCGUAUGCGAGCCGCCUAAUGCAGGUGCAACCACCCCGGUGCACCCUCAGACCAAGCAGGCGGUCGAUGACAUCGAUCCGGACAUCAUACCCAACGAGUACGAAAGAAGACCGCUAACGUACACCCCCGUCUACAAGACACCACCACAACGAAGGAAGAAGGAUCGCGCCGCCGACGAGGACGCCUCGCCGGAGAAGAGGCCGAUCGUUCAGCACGGCCUGGACCUGCCACCGGACUCGAUGCUGACGGACUGCCUGCCAACGCCCACCAUAAACUACCCGCAGAAUCACGUGUCCCAGCAGAGCACUUACAAUCAUCCGCCCACCAUGGCAGACUUCAAGCAGAUGGCGAUGGACGCCUACAAUCAGCGCAACAACCAAAACGUAUAUUAUAGUCUACAGAGGACGAGCAAGGGGCUCUCGUCAAUGCCACAGAGGCCCGUCUCGUCGUCGGUCUCCGCGCAAGGCAAAUUCCAUCAGCCGGAAGUGGUGACACGCUCGAAUCGGAUACAAGAGAGCUGUAUAUAAGUUCGGCGGUGGUUCCCAUGCGGGAUCAGCCUCGCGAGCUUCUCCAAGACGCCGCCGGCGAUUAUAUUUACACGUGUAAAUGUAACGAGUACGGACGGUUAUAGAGAUCCGUGGUUCCCUAUGGAAAGGAUCGCGCCGCGCCUAAACGCGAUGUUACCACCCCCUUACCGUACCGUGUACCAUCCCUUUCCGAGUUGUUGCGCGAGUUUCGAGCGCCGCGCGGGCGGCGAGACGCACUUGACGUUUACUCUGUACAAAAUCGCGCGGAGAGAGGCUGGCGGAGUGUUCCGGAUCCAUAUUGACAGGAACGCGAUUUCCACUCUCGGAGAUUAUUGCGUUUACGCCGACGCGGUCGGAGAUAUAUAUAUAUACGCCCGGCGUCGCGUUUACCCCGGCGGGCGCAAAUCUCGCGGCGGGGGUGUUCGCGACGAGCGAGUACGUCUGAGCGACGGCAUUAGCGAAUUAGAGGGAGGUACCCCGUACAUGUCCAAAAAUAUUUCUUUACUGACAUACUGAGGUGUAAGCGGUAUAAUAUCGUACGUACAAAGAGUCUAACCCCCUAAAGUAGUUAAUGUCAAUAACAAAAGAGGGGGAUGAGGCUGGGCCGAAGAGGCAAAGCCGAAUCAAGCGGAAAAUCCCGAAAGAACGGCGCUUCACGUUUCUCCGAUUCCGUAAGUUCCGGUUCUCGCCCUUUCUUCACACGAACCUUGUGGUCUGAUCUUUUUGAAAGUUUUACGAAUUCUACAAAUUAUUGCUUCCGCGCGGCAACCGUUUUACAGUUUUUUAACAUGAUACGUGUCGUAAAGGUCGAAAAGGGAGAAGAAGCGUUCGCGGUCGCAGCUCGAUCCUUCCAGCCUUAUCCUCGGAGAGAGAUACUAACGAUAUUAAUGCGAUCAUAUUCCAAGCUCAUCACUGCUCAUGUUUUCGUACGCAAAAUUUUUAUAACGACCCGACAAAUGAAAUGAAAGAAGAAAAUGAAAGAUACAAACGAGCGUGUUCGUUCAGAAAAUAACUUCUCGCCGAACCCGAGAAAAUCCUCUCUCGCAGAAGCGACGUCUCCGUCUACCGAUCACCGGCUCGGCACACGUGGACGUGGACGUUUUACUGUUUAUAUAUAUAUGAAACUAGUUUUUGUACAAAGAUCUAUUGUAAAUAGAGAGACACGAGAGCCUGGCCCUAGAGCAAAUAGCCACUAAUGUCCGAAUUUCAUCUGUUACACGUUUAAGUCGAGAAAUAUGUCCGAUCGCGUAAGAUAAAACAGACUCGAUGGCAUACGAAUACGAGAAUAAAGAGAAUACGUUUCAUCUGUUUUACACAAA